AUGACCGAGCUUGUCGGCUCUCAUACCGCAUCCAUUCAAAAGUUGGAGAUGAAAAUGAGAAAUCUCUCACGAGAACAAAAUCCAAAGCAAAAGGGGACACUCCCAAAUGACGUAAUUGUGAACCCAAAAGGUAGUGGGAGUGGUCCAACUUCUCAUUGCAUGGCAAUUACUACUCAGACUAAAAAGGUCCCGGAAGAGUUGAAAGUUCAAGAAGUGAACCGGGAAGAGGUUAAGGAAAAUGUAAAAGGUAUGCCAAAAACUCUACCACCAAUUCCUAGACCUCCUCCUCCUUUCCUUCAAAGACUUGCUAGGAGGGUUGAUGAUAGCAAACUCGAGAAGUUCUAUGACAUUCUCAAGAAAUUAUUGAUAAAUAUUCCAUUUGUGAAAUCUUUUCAAGAGAUGUCGGGUUUCUCUAAGUAUUUGAAAGACUUGAUCACCAAUAAUGAAGUGGUGAAUGUGAUUUGUCGGCAAGUGGGGUUAGGUAUGCCGAGGACUACAAGUAUGAGGUUGCAAAUGGCCGAUCGUUCAACAAAAAGACCGGUGGGAAUUGUUGAUGAUGUGCUUGUGAAAGUGGGAAAGUUCCAUCUACCCACCAACUUUGUGAUCCUUGAUUGUGCGGUUGACAAAGAGACCCCUAUAAUCUUGGGGAGACCUUUCCUUGCUACCGAAAGAGUACUUAUGGAUUAA